AUGCCUUUUCCUAAAUUUUCAGACAUUAAAAUUGUUAUUAUUUAUACUGGAAAUGUAAUGAAACAAGCGAAUAUUCACACUUUUAAGGAUGAAAUUGCAAGUUGUCUCGAAAAUUCUUUAAAAAGUGUGCAUUCUUCAUAUCAUAUUGAUCAACCUCGUGGAAUAUUAGAGGUACCCAGUCCUUAUGAUCAAAGUUAUAAACUAAAAGAACGUAAUGAUUUUGAAAUAACAGAUCAAACCAUCUUUAAAAUAUUUCUUACAUUUUCUAUAAUAUGGACAGUAAAAUUAUUUUAUCUUCCUUCAUCAUCUAACUCAACUGAUAAUCCAUCCGCUCCUCCUCCAUCUUAUAUUUCUCAAUCUCUUCACCAUUUAUUUUGUUUGCUUGGCAUUACCUAUGUAGAUAGUUUUAUUGUUUAUUUUAAUGGUCUAUUAUUUGAUGAUCAUGAUCAAGAUGAUUCUAAUUUAGUAAUGGACGAUUUUGAAGCGUUGGUUGAAGUUUGGAAAGAAUUGGAGUUUCAUUAUAGAAACGAUAGAAUUAAAAAAUUGGGUGUGAGUGAAUUUACAAAAAAUAGAUUUGAAAGAUUUUUAGAUGUAGUAGAGGUUCCGCCAAAAAUUGAUCAAAUAAACGUUAAAAGUUGUUGUGAUAUGCCAAAAAAAAUGAUCGGCUAUGCGAAAGAGCAUGAUAUAGAACUACUAACUCAUAAAGAUCCUGCUAAUAUUUUACCAACACCAACAUUUCAAAAAAUCUUGAAAGAUACAAAUUUUCCUUUUGCUUCAGAAUUAUUACCACGUUGGGUAUUAAAAUAUUCUGUUCUUAUAAAAUGUCGUGAGGUGGUUGCUAACAAAGG